UUCCACAACAAAGAUUUGAUCAUACAAGUAACAAGCCUGCCCACAAGAAUCCUUUACAACACACUCUUCAUCAAUCAAGCCAACCUAUUCUCUCUCUGUUCUUGCACUGCAAAAUAUUAGCACAAUGUCUCUGAUUCCAAGCUUCUUUGGCAACCGCCGGAGCAACGUCUUCGAUCCAUUCUCGUUGGAUAUCUGGGAUCCCUUCGAGGGCUUCCCUUUCUCCACCGCCGCUCGAGAAACCACUGCCAUCGCCAACGCCCGCAUCGACUGGAAAGAGACGCCGGAAUCCCAUGUGUUCAAGGUGGAUGUUCCUGGGUUGAAGAAAGAGGAAGUGAAGGUGGAGGUUGAGGAUGGGAGAAUUCUGCAGAUAAGCGGGGAAAGAAGCAAAGAGCAGGAGGAGAAGAAUGAGAAAUGGCACCGGGUGGAGAGGAGCGGCGGGAAGUUCCUCCGCCGGUUCAGGCUGCCGGAGAAUGCCAAGUUAGAUCAGGUAAAGGCGGGAAUGGAGAAUGGGGUGCUGACAGUGACGGUGCCAAAGGAGGAGGUGAAGAAGGCAGAGGUGAAGGCCAUUGACAUCUCUGGUUGAGCAAUCAAGAUAUAUGAGCAUGAUCGUGUUGAAUAAUAAUGUAAUUGUUGUGGUGUGGUGUUUGCAUGUCAGGAAUUCGUGUAUCUCAGAUUGAAUGAGGUGUGGGUUUAUAUGUUAAUAAAUAAAUAAAAGAUUGUGGUUUUAGGCUCUGUUUUCAAUCAUUAUGAAUGAGAGACGAUGACAAAGAAAGAUAUAUAAA